AUGAUGGACAGCAGGAUACUGGAUCCACCUCACGCCCAGUUCGGAGGCUCACUCGGCGGGAUGGUGGGCUUCCCGUACCAUCUGAGCCACCAUCACGUUUACGAAUUGGCCGGGCAUCAACUUCAAUCUGCGUCCGCGGUUCCCUUCUCAAUAGACGGAUUACUCAAUGGUUCCUGCACGGCGUCGGUCGGGAGCUCCAACCCCCUCUUGUCUUCUGGCUGCGGGAUGAAUGGAGAUAAUCAGCACUACAAACUGACAGACUCGGGGGACCCAGACAAAGAUGGUCCUGGUUGCAAGAGACGGAGAACUCGCACAAAUUUCACUGGUUGGCAGCUGGAGGAAUUAGAAAAGGCUUUUAAUGAGAGCCACUAUCCCGACGUGUUCAUGAGGGAGGCUCUGGCUCUCCGAUUGGACCUGAUAGAAUCAAGAGUUCAGGUAUGGUUUCAGAACCGCAGAGCCAAAUGGAGGAAAAAGGAGAACACAAAGAAAGGUCCAGGCCGACCUGCUCACAACGCCCACCCCACCACCUGCAGCGGGGAGCCCAUGGACCCGGAGGAGAUCGCCCGGAGAGAGCUGGACAGGAUGGAGAAGAAGAAACGCAAGCAGGAGCGCCGGCUGCUCAAGUCCCAGAACAGGCUCGCUGCUGGGGAUUUAUUUCACACCCCGGGGUCGGACAGCGACAGCGGGGUGUCGCACGUGACCGACAGUGACCACACGGGCCCGCCUUUUGACUCCGUGGGGGGAAACCACACGCAAUCGAGCUGCGACCAAUCACCUCACAGUCACCCUCUCCAGACCCAGAACCACAACCAAAGACACUUGGAUCGGGACGCAGGUGGAUCCGAGCUGGACUCGCCCGACGGAGGCCACCGGUGCUCCGGCAGCAGCGCCUCCAGCGUGCAGAAGCUCAACCCCUUCAGUGUGGAGAGCCUCCUGUCGGACUGCAGACCGAGACGCAACCCCGCGGCCUUACCCUCCUCACGGCCUUUGAUAGGGAAAGGACACUUCCUGCUCUAUCCCAUCACACAGCCGCUCGGAUUCAUUGUUCCUCAGACUGCUCUCAAGACAACAACAUCACCCCCAUCAUCAUCAGUGGUAGUGAACUGUGACAGUGACACCCCGGCGGAGAGAAACCAGACCACUGUCCGCUGCAGCAGCUCUCCGGCCUCUGCAGAGCCCUCACUGAAGGGCCAGGCUGGAUCAGAGGAGAAGAGCCGUUCACCGCACACACCAGCCGCCUUUUCCACUGGCAAAAGCACUCAGACCUCUGUUAUUUGCAGCGACUCGACUUUCUCCCACGAACACAGUCCACAGCUCAUUAACAAGGCUGUCGAUGCAGACAGAAAAGAGCAUUUAGAGAUCAAGGACCACCCUGACAAGCCCGAGGAGUGUGUCCUCAGUGACAGUCCAGAGGAAACAAAGACAGACUGUAAAGAAGAUGUCGACAUGGAAUAA